UUUCCUGACGCCAUACUGCCGGCCGGAUAGACAUGAGCAGCACCGGCGAGGCGGCGAGGAGCAGGCCGCAACGAUGGAGAUGGAGAGGCCAUCGGUGGAGGCGAGCACGUUCAGCGAGGAGCAGGAGGCGCUGGUGGGACGCCAUGAAGGGGGACUCCGCCGCCAUCGCGCUCAAGUUCUUCCUCAGCACGUGGACGAUCAGCCAAAAGUCUUCGACGAGUUAUUAUGAGGAGGAUAGCAAGCCAGCCUUUUCUUCGUCACAAGUUUCUGCCCCGCUCAUGCACUCAAGGGACAUCUAUCUUACAAAAUAUCACCUCGACCCAGCAGAGAGCCACUCGUCCUUGCCUACAUAAACCAUCAUCAUUCAUCAGACACGAGCGAUCACACGCACCAAGAAACAGACACAAAUUAACAAGCACGCAGAGGUAGGGAGAAUCAAAAUGGGGUUCAGCGAGGCACAGGAGGAGCUGGUCCUGCGCUCAUGGAAAGCCAUGAAGCCGGACUCCGAAUCCAUCGCUCUCAGCUUCUUCCUCAGGAUCUUCGAGAUCGCGCCGGCGGCGAAGCCGAUGUUCCCGUUCCUGCGCGACGCCGGCGAGGACGCGCCCCUCGAGAGCCACCCGAAGCUCAAGGCGCACGCCGUGACCGUCUUCGUCAUGGCCUGCGAGUCGGCCACGCAGCUGCGCAAGACGGGCGACGUCAAGGUGAGGGAGGCCACGCUCAGGCGGCUCGGCGCCACCCACGUCAGGGCCGGCGUCGCCGACGCGCACUUUGAGGUGGUGAAGACGGCGCUGCUGGACACCAUCGAGGGCGCCGUCCCGGAGAUGUGGACGCCGGAGAUGAAGGCCGCCUGGGAGGAGGCCUACGACCAGCUCGCCGCCGCCAUUAAGGAGGAGAUGAAGCUCGCUGCCUCUGCUUGAUGCACGCGGACGGGGUGCUGCGUGCUCUGCCUUUGAUGCACAGUCUGCAGUGAUGUUCAUGUGUGUACUGUAUUGUAAAUCGCUGCCAUAACGACACGUGAGGCAGGAAAAAGAAACAUCACUGUAAUGUACGACUAUUAAUUCCUUCAAUUGAUUUCAUAUAAUUACAUUUCCCUGAA